AUGCAAACCGGACAUGAUGAUCAGGACCUGUCGGCUCAGUCUAAAGUAAGGUCGCUCAAAGAAGUCGGAGAUGAUACCAGGAAGCUGCGCUUCCAGGAAGAGCUUGGUCAGCGAUCGUUUAAAAUGAAGGGUUUUUACAUAUUUGUGGUAUUCAUGACUUGCUACAGCAUAGCAUCCGCUCACAUUCUUACAUCAGCCUAUAUGAACUACCCUUCGGCGAUCUGUAAAAAAAUGCUCAAUCACGCCCUAGACAGCCUGUGCACGUACAACUAUGAAUCCACCGAAUUACUCCGUGAUGCUAUAUCGAAGGAGGUAGACACUACAAAUUGGAAAUAUUUGGAGAAAGUCCUCGAAGUGUGUUGUAUGAGACCAUGUACACUGCCCGAAUUGUUAUCUACAUGUCAAACGCAAUAACAUAUAGAAAAAAACUUGACAUAAUGUACGGCAUUUACUAUAGACCGCUGGCAAAUAAACUACUCUACCUACCCCUCUACUGAAAAAUAGUAACCGUCGUAUAUAAACAUAAAUCACGGACAUAACAAACUUUACUUCUGAUGCCUAUGAUGUCCUUUAUGCAUUACCAUUCAAGAGGUCUGA